AUUGUAAAACUAGACAUUUUCCAAAUACAAAACAUGUGGUAAGGUAUGAAUAACGUACAAGUGUGACGAAAAACGCCAGGAACAAACAAACGGUUAAUAAUCGAAAGGCACAAGGAGCGAUUGAAGAUAAUUUGAGGAAGAAGAACAACUAUUGAAUUGAAUUUGGGGAUAAAUCACAUCCCUUAUCUGCUGCAACAAACCCUCACCAAUCCCUGGUCUAGGGUUUCGUUUCUUAACGAUUCCCGAAACCAAAAUCUCAUCUUUCAUCCUUUAAUUCAAUCUCCAAUGGAUCCUUCAGAUCGCCUUGACAUAUUCCAGAUUUACAGGCGCUAUUGCGAAGUGACAUCAGAGGCAUUGAGAUAUGGUGGAGAUGGUUACAGGCCUGUUAAUGAGUCAAAGAAAGCUAAAUUUUACAGGGAUGCUUUAUCCAAUCUGUUGCAGUUUGUUGAGUCAAGGGUUGUUGACAAAAGGAUGCCUAUACUUGAAGAAAUUCCUAUGCUCAUGUCAAGGCUUGAUUUGAUGGCAGACUCGUUUGAGUUCACCCGAUUCUAUAAUUUUGUUUUCUUCAUAUCCCGAGAAAAUGGUCAACGAAGCAUCACUGUAAGCAGGGCAAUCAUGGCAUGGAAGUUAGUUUUAUCCGGAAGGUUCCGGCUACUCAAUCAAUGGUGCAGCUUCGUUGAGAAAAAUCAGCGGCAUAAUAUCUCUGAGGAUACCUGGCGGCAAGUUUUGGCUUUUAGUCGCUGUGUACAUGAAAAUCUUGAAGGAUAUGAUCCUGAAGGAGCUUGGCCUGUUCUGGUUGAUGAGUUUGUUGAGCAUAUGUAUCGGGUAAAUGGAUCCGAGGAUGCUCGUAACUUUUGUUGCAGUUGCAGUGAUUCCGAAACCCAACCGAGUGACGACUCUCUCCCCGGUUUAAGAAUCUUUCCUGGUGUAAAGCGGAAGUAUGGUGAUGACUUGCAACAUCAAGAAUCCACCAAUGUUAAUACUAUUAUUAUGCAUUCGAAGAGAAGGCACACUGAUUUAGAUAAUAAUUUGGCGAAUUGGGAGGGAUGUUUAGCGAGUAAUCCCACGUAUAAUUGCUGUGAGACAGUUAAACACAAUAACCAAUGUGCUGUAGAAGGCAGCCUCUCAAAAGGUAUUGCGGAACUUUUCUCGAGUCUGUCUUCUUUACAGUUUGAUCGGGAAACACGGGUUCCAUAUACAUUGUAAGAGUACUUGUAAUCAUAUGAAUUCAAUGCGUUAAACAGACCGAUUUUUUUACACAAGUAACGGUGAAACAACAAUGAACUGGUGUUUGAUUUAUUCACAUGUACUUGAUCGGGAAACAAGUUUCAUAUACAUGGUAAGAGUAUCUGUAA